UCAGGCCGUGCUAGCUGCUUGUUUUGGUCCAAUGUACUUUCUUUCCAUAAUCACUGUGUUGUUUACUUUACUGACGGAGAGAGAGGUUGCACGAUUCUAACAGACGUCAGCAUCUGUGGGGAUUUUUUCCAUAGUUCAAAAGUCUCUCUUGAUACUUGUGUCAGCUCCUGUCCUGAUGCUCACCUUCUCUUCCUCCUCCUCCAGUUUCUGGACACAAAGCUGCUCAGGAUGUUCUCGGAGCCAGAGAGAAAGCGCUCCCUCCAGUUCUUGGAAUUCUCUUUUUGGGAAGCCAGAAAUACCAGAAGCCGAUUGUCCACUCUGAGAAACAAAUUCCGAGCUUCUAAAUCUUUCUACAUUAACCGCUCACUGGAAAAGAGGGAGGUGUUGGCUGUAUCUGAUGGAGAAUUAAACAAUGCUGAUUUAGAUGGACGAGGCAGUGACCAAAGCCUGAACAGCUUGCCCAGUGGCCAUACAGCUGGAUUUGCAUCUGACCGAUCAGUUGCUACUUGGGCAGUAUCGUUUGAGAGGCUACUUCAAGACCCUGUUGGGAUUGAGUAUUUCACGGAAUUUUUGACUAAAGAGUACAGUGCUGAGAACAUACAUUUUUGGAAAUCUUGUGAAAAGUUCCAAAUCAUUUCUGAAGAUGACACGGAGCAGCUGUUGCAAGAGUCUCGGCGGAUCUACAAUGAAUAUCUCUCAAGUAGCUCGUUGUGUCCCGUCAAUGUGGAUCAGCAGGCACUUAUCACAGAGGAGAUGCUGAUGAAACCAUCUCCUCAUCUUUUCAAAGCACAGCAGCAACAGAUAUUUAAUCUGAUGAAGUUUGAUAGCUAUGCUCGCUUUGUGAAGUCUCCUCUGUACCAAGAGUGCAUGUUAUCAGAGGUAGAAGGACGUCCUUUGCCAAAACUUAGCUCCUCAGCCAUGAAUUUAGCAGCAGGCUGCACUGCAUAUGACCCUGGAGCAAUAAAGAAAAAGCAGCUAAGACCUGGGAAGUCUUUGCCCCUUGAUGUUGAGGCAACUGGUUCAGAUAUGACAGAGGGUUCCAAGCUUCACAGGAGAUCAUUCAAGAAGAGGGACAGACGGUCAAAUGCUAGAGAUUGUUCUGACAACAAUGGAGUCUUAAGUCGACAUGAAUCUGAUGGAUCUCUGAAUUCUGCAAUAAGCUUGGAUCUAAUUUCUACCGCCUCUGGAAAAUCUGAGAAUGGCAGAAGUCGCACUAACAGUUUGGAGCGUGAAUCAGAGUGGAAGCAUAUCAAAUAUUGCUGUGUCUACCUCCCAGAUGGCACGGCCUCCCUGACUGCUAUCAAACCUGGACAUAAUAUACGAGAAAUGCUGGCCGGAGUCUGUGAGAAACGAGGAUACCGUCCCUCUGAUGUUAAAGUUUAUCUAGCAGGGCAUGAUCAGAAAGCGCUGGCCUUGGAUCAGGACUGUGGGGUGCUAUCUGACCAGGAGGUCAGGUUGGAGAACAGGAUCAGUUUUGAGUUACAAAUUGAAUCCUUGAAUAAAAACUUGCGUAUCGUGGCCAGGCCCUCAAAGACAAUACAGGAGGCUUUACAAUCAAUUUUGAAGAAAUACGGAUUGAAUAACCAACAUUUUGUACUAAAAAAGAUGGGUGAACCACAAGCUGUAGAUCAAAGCAUGUCUGUGAGCCAGGUAGCAGGACUGACUCUUAUUCUGCACACAUUCCCCGAUGUGAACGAUCCUAUAAAAACAGGAGGACAUACAGUUGAAAGACAAGUUAAGGUAAAAUGCUAUUUGAAACUCACCUUGCCAUUGAAUUCCAUACAAAAAGAACAUGCAACAAAGGAAAAAACUGGACUAAGCAUGACAAGAGCAGAUCACCACCAUCGAGCAAACAAGGAAUCUAGUCAUGCAAAUCAUGCUUCACUUACCACCAAGUUUAACAAAUCCAGCCAAGUGAAAAAUAGACCCUAUCGACCCAACAAUGACAUUGAAGGAUUGGUAGAGAUGCUAAACAGAGUUCAGAGCACUCGAGCAGAUAACCAGCGUGGGUUACUAUGUAAAGAGGACCUUGUUCUACCAGAAUUCUUGAAACUUCCAACAGAUGAAACAUGUGAUAGCUGCCAUUUGACCAGCUUCUACAGUGACGCCGAGGUACUACAGACAGAUCUUCAUCUGGAAGGUUCUGCUGAAAACUGCAGAGAACAAAAUCGUACUACAGACAGCAGAUCUACAUCACCAGAAACAGUGUGUUUGUCUCUGAUAGAAGAUACUAUUCCCCCAUUAUCAGAAGCCAGUGGCAGGAAUGACACAACACCUACAGUGACAAUCCCUACAGUGACAACCCCUACAGUGACUAUUUCUGAUUUGUCCUUGGAAUCAGCAGUCAUGGAUGACAAACCACAUACAGAGGAGAAUGACUCUGCAAUGUAAUUGUUACCGGUGUAUUUAUUAUUAUUACUUUAUAUCACUCUCAGAGAGAUGAGUACUGUGUGCCAACAUCUGUCUUUCUGCAGUAAUCCAGGAAAUGUAAAAUAUGCUUUACU